ACCUUGCCUCUGUCACUAAUCAUAACAUUCCCGAUCUUUGAAAAUAAUAUUUUUGUUUAGAUUAUUUUUAAUUUAUGUAUAUCAAUCAAUUUUGAGUUUCCAUUUUUUCUCAAGUAUGGACAAACCGGUAAUUAUAUCUGGUGAAGCUUCCGAAACAGACAGUGAGGAGGAUUUCAAUCCAAAAAUGGUCCACGAUGUAACAAAAUCGGUACAAGGUGCAAUAAUAACUGGCGAAGAUUCAGAAUCCGAAAACGAAUUUGAUAGUGUUGCCAGUGCUAUUUCUGCUCUUAAUCAAGCACCUCAGUCAGACAGAAGUAAAGAAAAAAGUCCAACUGAUUCAUUAUUUCAUCAGAAACUAAGGAAACAAAAUAGCCAACUCCACAAUGAUAUAGAAAAUUUGUGCCAAAGUACUGUAAACAAAGCUCGCAAAAAUCUGAAUGAUAUAGACCAACAACUACUCCGUUCACAAUUUACUGUGCAAAAUGCUGUAACUUCUCUCAAAUCACUCAGUGUAAAUUCGUUAACGCUGAAGAGUAAAUUACAUUCUCUUUUAUCUGCAAACUUUUUGUCAAAUGUUACUGUUGAGAAGUAAAAUACGAAAUGUGAUACGUCAGCAAAUACAUUUCAGAUGCAAGUAAUGCAUAUGAAAUGUAUUUUGCUUAUAUUUGCUUAUUAUAUUUUGCUUAUUUUACUUAUUAUAUUUUGCUUAUUUUACUUAUAUAUUUAUUUCUAUGAUACUACUUAUACAUUAUUAAGACCGAGUGAUCAGUGAUUAGUUAAGUGGGAAAAUUUUUCAAUGAUAAUAAAAAGUAUUUACAAACUG